GAUUUUUUUUUUUUACGGAUUAUGACAUCUUACUAGUGUCUAUAGUACAACUGUUCUCAGACGACCGGGCGAUAUCCAUUCAGUAUUCUACAAACAACCGGUCGUCGGCACUCCGGACGAUCAGACGAACUACGCAGAAAACGCGUUUGGAUUGUUUGGAAUUUAUUAUUUUAUUUUUUUUCCUUUCUUUUCGAGUUUCGACCGUUGUUGUGUACGGUUUCGCUCGUUCGGCUCUGUUCGUGUCCGGUACGCGGUACUCCGGUUGCCGCCGCCGUCGCCACCGCCGCAUCCACAGCCUCCCAUUGGCCGACCAGCCGGCUGUUACCUUGUCCCCGCCCGUCCGCCCGUCCACCCCACCAUGCGCGCCGGCGGCACGGUACACAUGUUCUCCGGUUCCCGUCAGCCGAGACCGAGUUUCGAAUCCUAACCGACAAUCCGAUCCGGCAUUUCUAGUGAGUAGUGAUAAAAUUCGUUUUGUUGCCGCGGAAGAAUAAAUAUUAAUUAUUGUCGUUGUCUGCCGAAUUCGUUAUCAUGUGCCGCUGCCGCAGCGAUCAUCCCACGCCAGCAGGACGCAAAUCGUCGGCGUGACCCACAACAAUCCGUCGUGUUUUUAUACGCGAUUGAGAACCUCGUCGGCGGGACGUUUUGCGCGCGCGUCUCAUUUUCCACCUUACAACGACGGAACAGAUAAUCAAAAAAAAAAAACAAUGGCAGACAUAUAUCUAAAAGAAUCUCCUUGUUACAACAAUACAUUAGUAACUACCUCAACACCUUACAAAAGCAUAGAUGAUCAUGACAGUGGUUACAAUACCCCAAGUUAUAAUGUUUCCUCUAAUCUCAGUCAGAUAUCCGAAGUAUCUAUUUCGUUUGAUCAUACACCAUCAGAUAUUGAUUCACUUCAACUAUCUUCACCAACUCAUGAUUUUACCCUAGACAAAAACUAUAGGAAAUUAGAAGAUAUUACCAAUAAAGUCGAGUCUCCAACGAAAAAAUUAAAACUGUGCUCUGACUUACAAUUUAGUUUUCGUUUACAUGAAAGUUCAAACAACGAUGACAGUCAGUUCUUAAAAAGAAAAAACUACACUCAACCAAAAAAUGUGAACUGUGAACGUACUUCUAUGGAGGGGCGAGAAAAAGUUGAUUUAAUGUAUUUUCUGUCGGAGCGUUAUCAUUUCCAACCAGUCAUAGAAAAAAUAAUGUUUUUUUUAUCUGGUAGUGACGUUUUGUCAAUGUCUAUGGUAUCUAAAAUUUGGUCUAAUGCUGUUGAAAAUUCCCCAAUUGCUCAAAAAAAAAAACAAAAGUAUUUUAAAUUAUCAAAAGAAAAUCGCUGUGGAUAUGUUGGCCGAGAUCGUUCAGCUUUUAAUAACAAAGGAUGUCUAGCAAAUAUUAGCAAUGUUAUGCGUUCCCCAUCAAAAAGAGAUUUACCUCAAAGAAGUCCACCUGUCAGUCCGAGUAAAUACAGAUUCCAUGUAUUUCAAAAAGAAGCCAAAAAAUUAAGUUCAGAUCAGCAAUUGGUGCCUUGUCCACGUUGUUCAAGGCCAGCAUCAUGGUCACCCUCCCAAUCAACUCGAGCUGAAUGUAAAGGUUUUCAUUGUAAAUUCAUUUUUUGCACAGAGUGUAAGUGUGAAUAUUCUAACAAAUUUGAACACAAAUGUUUAUCUAUACCAAUUUUGUCAAUGUCAACAUAUAACAACUGUCGUCCAAUGAUGUAUAAUAUCAGUAGAAGAAAACACAACUUGCGAAGACUUUAAGUAAGUGUAAAUUUUAUCAAAACAUUUUACCUCUCGACAUAGUGUCUUAAAAUGUUACCUAAACAUUAGGAGUUGUAUGCUUUUAUUAAAAAAAUGUAUUUGUAACAGAUGAGAAUCAUAAUUUUUUUUUAUGUUGUUGUUAUUAAUAUAAUUAAUUUUUUUUUUUAAUGUUCUGACCAAUUUGGUUUUUAUACAGUUACUUGUUUAUAAUUAUAAUUUUUUUUUUUUUUUUGAAUUUUAAUUAUGUAACUAAUUUAUUUCACAUAAUUAUUAUUUUUCAAGUCGAUAAUUGAAAUUAUUUGCUCAAAAUAUUAAUAUAUUAUAAAGAAAAAAGGAAAUGAUUAAAUAUAAGAUUUUGAAUUAAAUUUUGAAUCGACUGAACUUUUAAAAGUAAUGUUACCAAUGUCUUAUUGUCAUAAGAUGUGUCUGUAUACUAUUAUAAGAAAAUAGUUUUAGUUGAAAACUCAUGUACAAAUUGAUGAAUCUUAGCUCUCUAAUUUAUUUUUUAUGUACUUUGUUUUUAUAUUUUUAAAUAUACAAUUAACAGCUCUACUUAAUUUUUGUAUCUUUUUUAUUUUAAUUAGGUUUUUAUAUUUGCGUAAAGUGAUUUUUUUAUAAUGUAUUUAAUAUAUUUUAAUUUGUGUUCCCAUAUUUUACAACUUUACGGGUACAAUUUUUUGAUUUUCAUGACUUAAUUUUACACUUGAAUCUCAUAUAAUUUAAUUUUGUAUUAAUUAUCACUUUGUUUAUUUGCCAUAUGGUUUUUACUAACCAGAAUUUUAUUAUUUAAUUAAGAAUACCUUUUAUAUUUUAUAAAUAUAUACUUGAUCAAACAUUCCUCUGCUCAAUUUUUUUUUAUACUGUGAAUCUUUUGUGUAUAGUUCUUAAAUGUAAAGUUGAAUGAACUUCAUAGUUACUAAGAUUUACUUAAAUUUAUUUUUAUAAAAUAAGAAAUUUGUAUAUACAUAAAUAAAAAUAUUAAAUUGAUUUGAAAUAAAAAUUAAUUUAUAUGAUAUUGUUUAGUACUUUUAUUUUUAUUAUAAAUGCUAUUAUUUAUAAAAUAUUGUACAUAAGCACUACUGUUAUUUUUGGAAAUUAAUAUGUUACUUUAUUUGUAACAAAUAUUGUCUUUGAUUGUAAAUAUUUUUUAGCAUAAUUCAGUAGUAUUACUUGGAUUUAAGUGUAGGCAGUUAUAGAAAUAACAUGAAGUAGGAACCUGAAAUCUAAUGGUCUGUACAUUUAAGUUGUAAUCAAAAGUAAUUUAAGAUUGUCUUUGGUUGACUUAACAAUUAAUAUUACAUAAUAUUACAUAAUAUACUUGAUAAUAUACAAAGGAGUAAAAAUCUCCUCAAUAACCAAAAAUGUAAAAUAUUUAUAUUUAUAUACUUUUCUAUUUAUUUACAAAUAAAUAAUUAUAUUAACCUAUUUUAAAAUGCUAUAUAUAAUAAAUAGUAUCCAUUAACAGA